CCGUCGUGGCAGGACAUCCGUCUCCUUAGUCCCUGUCAUAACGUUCUCUGUCAUAUCGAAAAUGCUAUGUAGAGCUAUAGCUACUCGCUCGUUCUCAGCUGUUGAAACGUGUGAAAUCUCCGCUCGUUAGAUUGCAUCACCGCCCGUCGCGCCGGAUCACCAACAGGAUACGGUCUCAGCAGCAGCCAGCGGGUGGGUGUUGGUUGGCGUUGGUUUUCCUCCCCGUACAACGUUGUUGAUCAAAAUACACGGUACGGUUGGAAAUUUCAUUCAGUUUUCGAUCAGACUCCGUCGAGAGCAGACCGGUUGCAUAGAAGUUCAGAGUAUCGGAAAAACGGUGAUGACGGAUUUCGUUCGAGUUUUGUGAGUGCUCAAGGUGGCUUUAAGAUUUAAAAAAUUCUUCGACGAGAGACGAGGAAAAUUUAAAGUGUUGGAUAUCAACGGAUCACCUUUAUGGAUGAAAAGAUGUGUAGAUAAAAGUGUGUGGCUUAGGGGAUGAGUUCAUAUCCGGAGUAAAAAAAAAUCACGGUUGGGAUAUCGUUUCCAUUCGUGGAAGAUUUUUUUUAAGUGCUUGCCAACAACCAGAAGAAAUCCGUGCUAUUACAACGUUCAUUUUUUCAAUAUUCAAUUUGGGAGUUCCAUGUUAGUGCCCUUCUACUCGGUUGUAAAUAAAAGUGAACCAAGCAUACAAGUUUUUCUCUGCUGUACCGCUACCCUGGCGGUUGAUGAAGCCAUCGUGGUAAAAGUUAUAAUUCAUCCCGUUGUAGUCAGUGUUAAUGAAUGUUCUCGGGAGUGAGAUUCAAUUAACUUUUAAACUCGACACAAGAUAGAUAAAGUGCGACUUUUUUUUAGCGAAAAUACGUGAAACAUUUUCAGGCAGAGCAUCAGAUUUUCUUCCGACCGAGUGAAAAUCGGAUAUGCCAUUACGUGUGCAACGAAUGUGUGUUCACAGCUGGUUUCGAGUACAUGGGCAUAAAAAAGCCUAGCUCUUGUGCAGAAUUAAGUGUUUUACGGUUUGUGCAGCAGGUGCUUCUAUCGUUAUAAUGUGCGCGUAGUGAAAUUGCAACGAAAUCAUCGCUGUGUUAAUUAAAAGAAAAAUUAUUAGGGCAGUGAGCGGUGCUUCACUUACGAAGAAGUGGAAGAAACUAAAUUUCAAAGUUGUGGUAAUUACUUCUGGGAAAUGAAUAAGGAUGUCUGAACUAUUAGUUUGAAAAGAAAAGCCAUAAAAUUGAAGAACAAAGUGGUUUCCUCCAAAGGUAUCAACAAGCGGAAACUCAACAGUCCAGUAACUAGAUUGCGAGGUCCACACUUUUUGGCUGGCGUAACCACCCACGAUGGCGUCAAAAUCGUUGCUGAUGAUGGUCGUUGCAUCGGGUAGGCGUCAGGCGUAAAAUGCUGAGCGUAGACGAGCGAGUGCUGGAAUGGUUCCACUUUAUCUACCACAACGACUCCUCCACCUCCCCAGUCCUGAGCGCGGACGAAUUCCGCCGCCGCCUAUUCUCGAUCCUCGAUUCCAACAUGACCAACAGCAUGAACGGUUCCAGCAAACUGUACCGUACGGCGUUCGAGUUCCAGAACAUCUCGGAGCAUAACAUCACCCAGGAGUAUGUUAACGACUUCCUGGAAAAACUGUUCCAAUCGUUGAACAGGGUGAACCGCACAACUACCACCAGUACCGACAUCAACUGGAAUACUGAAGAUGGACAGCUGGACAAUUGUAGCUUCUACUGUCGGGGGACGAUGCGGGAUGUGCUGCUGGAUUACAAAAUCCUGCAUGGGUACAUCGCGUUGGUGAUAUGCGUUUUCGGGACAAUAGCCAACAUUUUGAAUGUCAUCGUCCUGACCCGCAAAGAGAUGAGCAAAAUCCCCAUCAACCGCAUCCUGAAGUGGCUCUCCGUGACCGAUAUGCUCGUAAUGAUGGAGUACAUCCCGUUUGCCUUCUACAUGUACUCGAUACUGCCAGAUCGACAAGACUAUCCAUACUCAUGGGCAGUGUACCUUAUGUUUCACAUGCACUUCACCCAGAUUCUGCACACCAUUUCGAUACUGCUCACUGUGAUGCUGGCCGUGUGGAGAUACAUUGCUAUCAAACACCCGCACGGUUCAUUGGCCGUCUACGCUCAAUCUAAUUACAGCUAUGCAAUCCUGUUCUGCUACAUCCUGGCGCCGAUCCUUUGCAUGCCAACGUACUUCGUCUUCACGAUACGGCAGACGCAUGUCUUCGAACACGAUGCCCACGUGCUUCUGUAUCACUUGGACGCCGACGAGAACACUUCGGUCUAUCGGUACAACUUUUGGAUCCACUCGGUCAUCAUUAAACUGCUGCCCUGUACGAUUCUGACGGUAAUAAGCUGUGUGCUGAUCAGUGUCCUGUGGAAAGCGAGCAAACGGAGACUGAAGCUGAAACAGGGCGGGAAUUAUGGCGGCAAGAAUGGUACUGCUCCGACCGGGAUGUCGACUCCGAGUGGCGACACCAGUCACAAUAACGUCGCAACCAGCAUAACGGUUCCAUCUUCGACCACGAUGCCAUCGCAGAGCAAUGGCAGCAGGCACCCCAAAACGGAUCGCCGAGCAGACCGGACCACCACCCUGCUAGUGGCCGUACUGCUACUGUUUCUGCUCACCGAGUUUCCCCAGGGCAUUCUCGGUUUGCUCAGCGGAAUCCUGGAGAAGUGCUUCUUCAAACGGUGCUACGCCCUAUUCGGCGAAGCCAUGGACCUGCUUGCCUUAAUCAACGCCGCAAUCGGUUUCGUACUGUACGGCUUAAUGUCGAAACAGUUUCGCACUAGCUUUAAGUCGGUUUUUUGCAAAACUCCAACCCAUAGGGUCGAGAUGACGAGAAUGACUGGACUCACCACCACCUGUGUCUGAUGCAAUCGGAUUGGGGAUGGUGGUGGGCCGGAUCGUUCGGCCGGGGGAUUCUAGCACGAAUUUAGACACCUUUUCAAUUUACUUGGAAUCGUAUCACUUUUCAAUUUAGCACAGCGUUACAUAGCAAAUAGGCAUUAGGCUGACUCAGAAGUAGGAAUCAUUUCGUAGCACCACGGGAAAUCGACAACGGAUAUCAAGAGCUAAAUUUUGACUAGAAUCGAGCGUCCCAAGAUUUUCGCUUGGGUUGGAGUUGUGAUUAAAAAGAAUUUACUGUGUAAAUACCACUACUGAGCUUCUGGAAAGUGAAAGAAUGACCGCAGACAAACAGGUGUAUUUUUACAUAAAUGUGAAAUUUUAUCUGCGUUUUGAUAAGGUGAACAAGACACAAUGUUUUGUAUUUUUUCAAAAAGUUUUAUUUUUAUUCAAAAAUUUUAGUUGUCACUUUAAAAGUACGCUCGUUUGUCUGUGAAGCUACUUUCGUCUAAUAUAUUACAAGAAAACGAAUAGUAAAGGAAUUAUUAGUAGCACAAUGGUGGUCGUUUCAAGAGACUGGCGAAGUAAAAUCCCACCUUGCCGAUUACCGUAGGCGUUAGAGCCCAGGCGUCAUACGGACGAGUAUAUAGAUUAGGAAGCACAGAACAAAAUGUCAAUGGACCAAAAUUGAUUCGCCAUUUUCGCUUGGAACGACUACCAUGUGUUUUGAUUGAAACUGUAGCAAAAGUAUAUUGUCUUUUAGAUGUUAUUUUACUAACGACACUGAGUGUGAGUCUAUAUCUCUAACAAUCGGAAAAGGUUUUGCAGCGAGAAUGACAAGAAUGAAUGAAAAAAAAUAGUAGCAAGCUCUUGAGUAGGCUUUCCUAACGAAACCGCACGAUUAGAAAAUUGAAUCCAAUUCUCGUGAUUUUAAAAUUAGGAAAAUGUAUAUUUUUCUACAUAAGUGUGUAUAAUUGCCCCCCGUAGGAAAGAGUUUAAUAAACUGUUGGAUGAAUAGAUUGUAAUUUUAAUGAUCAAUCGAUGAAAA